AUGGAUUUGAUACGAGAUCAAGAUACAAUAUUGCAGAUUUUGAACGAGUCGGACAACGACGAUGAUGAUUCACCGUUGGUUGGACCACCUGGUGUGCCUUCAGACUCCGAACUUGAUGACAACUUAGAGGAGGACUUGGUCAAAAAUACCGACGAAAGUGAAGAAAAAUCCUCAAGUUCUUCUGACGAAGAUCUGAAUGUUUCCCGGAUAAACCGUUACAAUGCAGAAAUUGAAUUGAAAAAUAUGAAGUACAAGGAAUUGACUCAUACUAUCUCUGCAACUUCGGCUAGUGAAGUGAAAGCUUUGCUUGGUGUUCUUCUGCAAUCAGCUGCUAUAAAAAGUAAUCAUUUACCUACGAGAAUGUUGUUUGAUACCAGAAGGAGUGGUAACGUUUUCAAAGCGUGUAUGAGUGCCGAGAGAUUUGAUUUCUUACUUAGAUGCCUUCGAUUUGACAAAGCUACCAGACAAGUCAGAAGAGCAUCCGAUAAAUUUACACCAAUUAGAGAAAUUCAUUGGUAA